GGAGUUGACACGGAAAGCCGCUUCACAUCCACUGCGACUUUCUAGCUUCUACCCAGCUGUAAAAACGUGAAUAUACCUAUCUGGAGUAUACCUACCUACCACUGAACACUCUGCCAGACAUUCACGGAUCGUCCUACGACAUUUACUUCUGCGACAACUUGUGACUGAUAACAUUGAGUUUUCCUACCACAUCUCUGUAUAAAAGUGAUAUAGGCAAUGGCUGCAUUAUCUGUGUACCUGGCCGCAUUAGCCGUGGGACUCACGGCCGCAUACUUCAAAUUUCUCUACAGGAAAAGACGAGAGGGAGAGCCGCCCUUGGUUCCCGGUAAUUUUCUAUUCGGGUCAGGCGCUGAAUUUGCACAGCACGCCGUCAAUUUUCUCCACAAAUGCAAGAAAACUUAUGGAGAUAUUUUCACUAUCCGGCUGCUAAACCAACACGUUACCAUUGUGAUGGACCCCCAUUCAUACGAAAGCUUGUCCAAAGAGCGCCGAUUUGACUUCGACCCUAUUCAGAGGCAGGUGAACCAUAAUGUAUUUAGUUUCGAACUUGUUGAUGCUCGCAAAAUGUUGAGCGAGGCUGGUAAAAAAGUCAAUGGGCGCCACCUCCAUUGCGGGAUGAAAAAUUUCUCGGACAAUUUACAGAAUGCCUUCGACAAAGUCACCAACUUGGAUGUCAAUGGUAACGUUAUGAAGACGGUGGGCGAACAGUGGGGACACGAUGGCCUUAGAAGCUUCACUUCGAAAACGAUCUUCGCAGCCCUCUUCUAUACCAUAUUUGGACACGGGGAAUCACAGGCGGAAUUCGAGCCCCAAAUGUUUCACAAAAGUUUUGACGUUUUCCACAAAUACUUCAACUAUAUGUGGCUAGGCCUACCCGCUAAAAUGUUCCCCAAGGCAACCAAAGCCCUACAGGUUCUGUGCCAGCAACCUAACUCCGAUGAUAUGUUGAUGAGGGAGGGAGUCUCGGAGUACAUCAAGUUCGCCACGGGCUUCAUGAAGGAUAACGCUCAGAGUGAACAGGACAUCAUCGGCCACAACCUCGUCUUCCUCCACGUCAACUACAACACCUUCCGACUCGCCUUCUGGUGCAUCUACAAACUACUUGAGAACAAGAAAGCCCACACAGCUCUUGCCGAAGAAAUCAGAGAGUUCGUGGAAGAAAAACGGGCUCUCACUACGGGGAGAAAAGUGGAGAUUCUCAUGGAGGAAUUCGACAAGCUGCCCCUUCUAGACAGUUUUAUUAAGGAAACCCUCCGCAUCACAAGUGGAGUCUUCAUGGUGAGAUACAUAUCCGAAGAUACGGACUUUACGUUGGAGUCUGGUGGAACUUACACCUGCCGACAGGGUGACCGUGUCGCCAUCUACCCACCCGCCAUCCACAUGGACCCUGAAAUUUACGAAGAGCCUGAGGAGUUCAAAUACGACCGUUUUGUCGAUGCCAAAUUCUACAAGAACGGCAAAGAGUUGAAGCACCCGAUCAUCGCCUUCGGAUCCCUAUGUCCAGGAAAAAAGUAUUCCCUUCUACAAACCAAGUGGUUUAUGCUGAACCUUAUCAACAGCUUUGAGAUGGAACUGUUAGACGGUGAAAGCACUCUCCCCGAUGUGAAUUUCUAUGGACAUGAAAUAUUGCCCCCAGUGCACGAUGUUCAAGUACGCUACAGACUUCUGGAAAACUCUCAUGAACUCGACUUGGUGUCCAAGAGAACGUGCUAAUACCCACAAAGCAAUGCGUUAUACAAAGACACCUGUAUUAUAUUCCUAAUUUAUUGAACACUUGUGAGUCAAAAGUAUUUUUGUGAAUGAAUUGGUUGAAUGUACUGCAUGAAUCUCAGUAUGAAGAGCGUCAUAGUGCAGGCAGUCAACGCGGAAAAAAUCUCGCGGAGAUUUUUUGACUUUUUCUACCCUUCUGUCUGCAUGAACAAAAGACUGAAACAGACAGACGGUGUUGCUCGAGUUGCAUUUAUUGUACAGUAUCUUACGGGUAAAAGUGCAAAAGUGAAAAUGGACAUGGCUGUGGUUGACCAAAGAGACAGCAUCGCCUGGGGAUGCCUCGAUUUUUCGAUAACGGACACGUGAUGAAUGUGCUGGUUGCGACCGGAGGACCAAAGUGGUAUACUAUAGCCAAUCUAGUCUGCAGUCAGACGCAGUGAUAACCACGGCUAUGUUAAAACGAUGUAAAGACUCAAGUCCCCCACCUCCUAUGACUGUACAGACUAAUUAUUUCACCAGGAAUCGGGAUGAAAGCUUGUUUCAUGAGUUUGACAAACUAUAAAUACCAAAAUAUGAAUUUGUCACGUAAAAAUAUUUAAUAGUUAAUGUAUAAAAUACGAAAUGGAAUGCAUUGCUAGGAAUCUUGGCAUUGUGUCAAGUUUGUUUAUUAAUUUUCCAAUUUGUUAUGAUGUUUCUUGUAAUGUUGAUGCAAUGCGCGACUGCCGAUUCCUGAAACGAUGAACUAAACUCGUACCUUUCUUGCGUCCAGAUAGUUUCAUUACCAUAUCUUUAAUUAUCACUUGUUUAUUUCAUUUUUACAUAAUCCGCAAAACAUUCAUUAACAUAUUUUUAUUUAUUGAAAUUGAUUAUGUUUACCUUAUAUCAAAACAUUCAAAAUGUUAUACUGAUUUUGUGAUCACAGUCGUUGUGGAAAUGUUUACAAGUGACAAAGAGAUGCUAGAACAGAUAUUACCCGUGUCAACAAUAAUGUGCAUUUUUGAAAAUGUUUUUCUAUCGAUUUUCAUGAACGUUGAACAUCCUCUGUCAUAAUACCAUAUGUAUAAUGUAACAUGUAAUUUAUUUUGUAUAUAUAUAAAUUUAUUUAUCUUUCGUCUCACUACUUCUUCAUCUGGUGCUGAACAAUAAUAAAUAAUUUAUUGAGAA